GUGCAAAGCUGCAGGGAGGGGAGGGAGGAGUCAGUGAACUGGGUCACAUGGUUUUCACACUGAUCGCUACUCGAAACAGAGCAGAAAGCCGUCGCGCACACGCCUGGACUGGAGCUCCAGGAACGAGUGAACGCUGCACAUUUGAUCGUCGCCUCGGCCGAUUUUCUGGUUGUUUUAGGGGGAAAGUACAUCUCCACCGGGCUGCUUGUAAAGCCGACCGUAGCGUGUAGGGUCUGGACGAGGCUUCUGUCUUUGGUUCAAACUUAAAGACGGUUAGUUUCUCUUACUGGGACCAAUCAGCGACUUUUCAGUUGCUGAACACUAAAACUGAGAAAACGGCUUUGGCACCGAGGUAGCAGAGGAGGAAACCCCCAGACUCACAGGACAUGGAGUCCACCAAAGCUGGAGGCGUAAUAGCCUACAUCAGCUCGUCCAGCUCUGCCUCCAGCCCAGAGUCGUGUCACAGCGACUCCUCCAAUGGCAGCUACCAGUCGUCCUCCCCGCCCCGCGGGUCCCCGCCUAGCCACGGACAGCUGAGGCAGCCGCUCGACCCCACGAUGGCCGUAGGAGGCCUAAAAUUGCCACGGACUCAGAAAGGUGGACGCUCGUCGUCCACAGCAAAGACUGGCAUCACAAAAAUCAACGGCCUGGUGCUGCUCUGUAAAGUGUGCGGGGACGUGGCCUCUGGAUUUCACUAUGGCGUCCAUGCCUGUGAGGGCUGCAAGGGCUUCUUCAGGAGGAGCAUCCAGCAGAACAUCCAGUACAAGAAGUGCCUGAAGAACGAGAGCUGCCCCAUCAUGAGGAUCAACAGGAACCGCUGCCAGCAGUGCCGCUUCAAGAAAUGCCUGCUGGUGGGCAUGUCCAGAGACUCUGUACGCUUCGGCCGGAUCCCGAAGCGAGAGAAACAGCGCAUGCUGCUGGAGAUGCAGAGCGCCAUGAACAACAUGAUGAACAACAGCCAGCUGCAAAGCCAGCUGUACAGCAGCCAGAGCCUGCCCAUUGUUAAACCGCUGCCAGCCGGCGCCACCGAGCCUACCUCAGACGAUGCCGUCCCCGCCGCCUCCUGCUCUCCUUCCUCCUCACCUCACUCCAGCCAAUCAGACUCCAGCUUAGACCCAGAACCCGCCGCGUCGAUGGACACCAGCCCCAGCUCGGCCUCGCCCAGCGCGUCGGACAGCAGCGAGGAGGAGGUGAUCGGCUCGGUGACCAGGGCCCACCAGGAAACCUUCAUGUACAACCAGGAGCAGAGCAGCCUGCCCUCCCGGGCCUCGCAGCCUGCGAACACCCUCGGCUGUGGCCUCGCCAAAACCCCCACCGACAACCAGAUGCAGGAGCGGCAGGGCACCUGGGACCACCGCAAGAGCCCGGUCACGGUGGCCCGGCACUCCACCUUGAGCUUUGACCCCCAGGGUCAGAAGGAGGUCAACCAGUGCCCCUUCGGGCUGUCCAGGACGGCUGCCACCAGCCACUUUCCAGCAUAUACACAUGGAGCUUUCAGGGCACCGUCCACAGAAGGCUCCACCAAUGGAUCGUGCAGCAUCGCCCUGUGGAGAGGAGGCAACAGGAUGCAUCUGGUUUGUCCGAUGAACACUUCGCCUCACGUGGACCCUCAGAAGUCCGGCCACGAGGUGUGGGAGGAAUUCUCCCACAGCUUCACCCCGGCGGUCAGGGAGGUGGUCGAGUUUGCCAAGAAGAUCCCAGGCUUCAGAGAGCUUUCCCAGCAUGACCAGGUCAGCCUUUUGAAGGCUGGCACCUUUGAGGUGUUGGUGGUUCGCUUUGCCUCGCUGUUUGACGUGAAGGACCGCACUGUCACCUUUCUCGGAGGGAAGAGGUACAGCGUGGACAGUCUGAGGGCCCUGGGGGCCGGGGACCUGCUCAACUCCAUGUUUGACUUUAGUGAGAAGCUCAUGAACCUGGGUCUCAGUGAGGAGGAGAUGAGCCUGUUUACUGCUGUGGUUCUGGUCUCUGCAGAUCGAUCUGGCAUCGAGAACGUGAACUCCGUGGAGGCCCUGCAGGAGACGCUUAUCCGCGCCCUGCGGAGCCUCAUCACCAAGAACCACCCCAACGAGGCCUCCAUCUUCACCAAACUGCUGCUCAAGCUGCCCGACCUGCGUUCCCUCAACAACAUGCACUCUGAGCAGCUGCUCGCCUUCAAGGUCCAUUCCUGAACUUUCCUAAAGUACUUGACGCCGUCCGCCCCCACUUCACCUGAAAACAUUGCACCCGAGACAAAAGCAGCCCUAAAGGCCGCCUGGAGCACCAGCUCCACCCGACCACACCUGCACGGGCCUUUGGGUUUAGCUCUUUGUCUAAAAAGUCAAGUGGAAGUUGUACUGUAGGGCGUGACGGCCUGUGUGACGGUAAUGCAGACGCACAGACACUCUGACUGGUGUACAUGUCUCUCGUGUUUGUGUGUAGCAGCUGUACAAAGAUUAGAUGCACUUUCCUGUAUAGUGUCGAUGGUAUUUUUGCAUUCAUAGUGCAAUAUGUGACUGCUUCUGGGUCUGAGUCUAAACGUUUCCCUGCGGUGGUGCACGUUAAAUUGAACUGGUGCUGCUCUCGCGGGACGAAAAACGCGCUGGAGGUAAAGUUCUCUUUAAAAGCAGCCGAAACUGAGGAGUCUGUGCAGGAAAGCUGCUUUCAGUUGGAGCAGCAGGGAAACCUGAACGUGGCGUCUUUGGACAGAUUUGGGAAGCAGACGCUUGAUUUCAUCCACGUGUGUUCGUGCCAUGACUUGUUUGUUUUGUGUUCUAAAUUAUUUGGGCAUUGUGACAAAUCGAACGUGUCAGAGUCGCUCUUUACUGAGAUCAGUAUAAAUGAAGACUGAAGCCAUGAAAUGAAAUUGUGGACUGUGUCUUCUUUCUCGUGACAUCUCCGAGAGUCUGGACAGAAACGUCACCUCGUAGUCACCAGCAGCUUCUGCACGCUUCGUUACACGUCUCUACGUUUUUACAGAGACUCUGUUCUGUAGCUGAUGCAGGUCCAUGUAUGACGAUUUCACAUAAGUCUGAUUGUAAAAGUGUUUGUAAUGUAAAGACAUGAGCAGAGCUGCUGCUGAAACACUAUCAGCCUUUUAUUCUCCACGACUUCUAUUAUUGCAGUGACAUGUUCUGAAAGGAUGCAGUAUGCAUAGAUUUCUAUAGAAAUAUAUUAUCAUAUAAACAUAACUGUAUGUGUGUGUAUAUAAAUAAUAUGAAUGAAUAAAUUUUCUAAAU